UGCUUAAUCUUAACAUAUUUAUAUUUUUACCACUCAUUAUAUUGUUUAAUAGAGAAAGAGAAGGGAAAGGAAGACGGGAAUAUGCAAUCGAGUAGCCUUUUUUUGGCUGUGAUUUUUCUAAUAAGCAUGGUCCAAAUCGAUGGCCUCUUGCGUCGAUGCUACCAGUGCCGAUCCCGAGGAGAGUUGGGUAGCUGUAAGGACCCGUUCACCUUCAAUGCGACGGACGUGGAGCAGGAGCCGGGAGUGGCGGCCAUUCCCUGUGCCAGCGGCUGGUGCGGCAAGGUGAUCGAGGGUGGCGGUACCUAUGCCAUCGACGACUAUGAUCUGGCCGUUCAGCGGAUGUGCGUGCAGCGUGGUCCCGAUGACAACAUGGAUCGCUGUGCGAACACCAUUUACAACUACAAGAAGGUAUACAUGUGCUUCUGCCAGGGCGACCUGUGCAACGGCACUAGAAGUUGGUCUAGUGCGCCUCCAAUGAUCAUAAUCCUGAUUCUGCCGCUGCUCGGCGUCCUGCUCCAGCGGUUCCGGACCUAGACUGCUUCAGUGCCUUUAGCCGCCUGCAAUGUGUAUAUACAUUUUUUAAUACUCAUCAAAACGAAAUGCAAUAUUUACAAUUUCAAAA